GCUUCUACAAACAUUUGUGAAUGUCUGUGCAAUAAGUCCAUCCGUGAAAUGUUCUUGAUACUAAAUAUUCCACAGUCAACUGUUAGUGGUAUUAUAACAAAGUGGAAGCAACUGUGAAGAACAGCAACUCAGCCACCAAGUGGUAAGCUACAUAAAAUGACAGAGCGGAUGCUGAAGCACACAGUGCGCAGAAGUCACCAGCUGUCUGCAGGAUCAAUAGCUAAAGACAUCUAAACUUCAUGUGGCCUUCAGAUUAGCACAGCAACAGUGCAUAGAGA